CCAAGACAAAGUGCAUGAAUACAAAGAAGCAUUUAACAUGUACGACAAGGACCAUGACGGAAUCUUAUCAGUUCAGAAACUAGGUGCUGUGCUUCGUGCUCUUGGCCAUAACCCGACCGAAAUCGAAAUUCAGGAAAUGAUUGACGAGAUUGACUCAGAAGGCACAGGUUUCAUCGACUUCGAAAGUUUCUUGGAUGUUGUUAUGAGUCGUGAUUUGGACGAAGAAGACCACGAGGUGGCGCUUCGAGAAGCUUUUAAAAUGUUUGACAGGGAUGGUAAUGGCUACAUUGACGCAGACGAACUACGCCUAUGUAUGAUGAACCUAGGAGAGAAACUGACACUCGAGGAGGUGGAGGAGAUGAUUAAAGAGGUCGAUGUUGAUUUUGAUGGGAGGAUGAAUUAUGAAGAAUUUGUGAAGCUGAUGUGCACGAAAUAUCCACUAACGUAGUCUGGAAACUCCAGAAAAGUCGGACGUGAGAGUUUCUACUGUUUGAUUUAGUUGUUCGUCUUCCUCACUGGAAAAGCGGACGACAUUGAUAAGUAAUGAGAUUCUAUUCAUCGAAGCCAUUUUCUUCAACAAUUGACAGAGGAUCUCAUGAAAUGAAAAAUCAACCGAAAAUUCCCAUUUCAUGUCAUCACACAUCGGUCCUAUAUGCAUGUUCAUAUGAUAUUCCAUGUUA